AUGGAAUCGAAAGUGAUUGCACCGAAAGCAACAUCGAAGCCGGCAGAAUCUGUCGCAGAACAAGCUGCUCGUAUGAAAGCGGAUCUAUUGAAUAAGAUCGAGAAACUUGGUGAACGUUUGCCAACAAACACAUUGGACAAUUUGAGCGAUUUACUCGGUGAAACAAGUAAGGUAGCCGAAUUAACAGGUCGCAAGGGUCGUGUAGUGCGAACUCGAAAAGGUGUCGAAUAUGAGUCACGUGCCGAAGAUGAUGUCUCAUUGGAAAAUCUAAAUAUUCGUGAAAAAGAACGUUUUAUGAAUGGUGAAAAAUUGAUUGCAAUCAUUUCGGAGGCGGCAUCAAAUGGAAUCUCACUGCAAAGUGAUCGUUGGGUAAAGAACAAGCGUCGUCGUGUGCACAUCACACUCGAAUUGCCAUGGUCAGCUGAUCGUGCCAUUCAACAAUUUGGUCGAACACAUCGUGCCAAUCAGGUCAGUCCACCGGAAUACAUAUUUUUGAUUAGCGAUUUGGCUGGCGAACGUCGAUUUGCUGCAUCGGUCGCAAAGCGACUUGAAUCACUUGGAGCAUUAACUCAUGGCGAUCGACGUGCAACUGACACACGCGAUCUCUCACAAUUCAAUGUCGAGAAUCGCUAUGGCAAAAAUCUACCCUCACUUGCUUUCUAUAUCACCUGCAAAAAUGCACUUGGUACCGUUUAUGAUAGCAUCCUUCGUCGUGGUAGAAACGAUUCGAUCCCACCACCAACUAAGUAUAAAGGUGACUUUUUUGAAGAUUUAUCGAAUGCAUUGAUUGGCGUCGGUUUAAUGGAAGACAUCAAAGGAUUGACAAACAAGCAACGUCUCAAGGACGGAGUCCGAUUAGAUAUUGCCAGGUUCUUGAAUCGCAUUCUGGGCUUGCCGGUUAAACUACAAAACCAUCUGUUUAAAUACUUCACGGACACGAUGGAUAAAUUGAUCGAUGAUGCCAAAAAGGCAGGCAAAUACGAUAUGGGCAUCAUGGACAUGGGCAAUACAAACAACGUGAAGGUGCUCAGCACCCGAACAUUCAAUCGUAAACAUGCCACUGGCAUUGCACCCAUUGAGCUUCAUACCAUCGAAAUUGACCGAGGAAUCACAUUCGAAGAGGCAGAAGAAAAAUACGCCAAAUCAAAUGAUCAGAACGAAGGCUUUUAUAUAUCAAAAAGCGGUUCACGCAAAACAGCCACACUUGCCAUGUUUGCAAAUAGUUCACAACAUUCAACUCUAAUGCAAAUUUACCGUCCAAAUGUUGGUAUUUUGACGCGUCAGGAAUAUUUGGCUGAUAUUCUGAGCAAGAACUACAAAGUGGCACCAAAAGAUGCGAAAAAGUCCUGGAAUGACCAAUAUGAAGCAUCGCAGAAAAUGUGCGCGCAUAAAUAUUGGCGGGGAAAUUGUAAAAAUUCAGCUGCUGGCCUCUUUUGUGAUUUUGGUUUGCGUAAGCGUAAAUACUACGUGGUGGCUGGUUCAAUUUUUGCAGUUUGGCAGCGCAUUGAGCACCAAAUCAAUCAACGAGAAGGAGGAAUGGUGAGCAAAUUACAGGUGAUUCGUAUGCAUGGGGCGAAUCACGCUAGUAAAUACUAGAAAAACUAGUAAAUCUAGUGCGAAUAAUGACGUCACAAACGAAGCCAACUUCACACCAAAGGCCAUAUAAUUUAUAUGAAAAACUACUGAGAGCCAACUUCACGCACUAGAAUUUUCUAGUUUUCUAGUGAAAUCUUAUUAAAAACUAGAUACACUAGAAUUUUGUGAUUGACCCCA